AAAAAAAAAUGGAGAUUAAAAACACUGAAAAAGAAAAGAUAAAAAGAUAGAAAGUAGGUUAAAUAAAGAAAUAAAAGAUGGUACAGAAAUUUAUCGAGAACAAUAAACAAUCAAAGUGCGGAAGAAAGCUUGGGGAGGUCUUUCUAAUAUUUUACACUGGCAGUGGCGGUGGUUAAUCAUCAAGAGCUCUCUUUUUUAUGCAAGCGUGCAGGGUUCUGAGCUAAAAAGACGGAGAGAGUUGAACAAAAGGCCCAAAUUCAAUAAAAGUUGGGAGUGGAAAGCUCGAAUGGAGAGCGGACUACUAAAAGUACACAUAAUCUGAAAUGGGUAUCUUUCUCCUGCCACUUUUAGCUGUGUUCGCUCUUUCUCUGAGGGCUGUUUCUGCUGCUCUGACUAGGGUUUGAAUGGGUAUUUAUUAUGCUGAAAUCGAUGUUCUUUGUGUAAUUGACUGCUUCCAUGGUCUUUUCCCAGCUCUCCUUUGAACUGUCCUUUUUAAUUCCUGUCUUGGUUGGGCUUCCUUUGUGUAAUUUGGUACUUCCAAGUUCAGUGGUAGCUUUGGAAACGGUAGCUUUUAAAGUUGCCUGAUCUUUGGUACUUUGUUUCAGUGUUUUUGCGUUUUUGAGCUCAAAAUUUGAUGUGGGUCUUUCUUGUUUACUGCUGCUGAGCUGUUUUUCUUCGUGUUAAUUCCACAUGGUUGCCUGAUAUUCUCGUCUUUUGGGUGGAAAUGCAUCGUAGGGGACCGGAUUCGAUACUAUUGAGCUUUUUAGGAAUAUCUUAAGACCAAUGUGUGAAGCUUCUUAUAUAUUUAUCUGGGCUACUAGCUUUUUAUUGAGGGUGGUCAAUUUCUGAAGUUUUUGUUAGAUUCUCCAAAGAUUGUUUGCCGGUUGUUUGAAAAUAAUUCUAAGAGAAAGGUAUUUACCACUGGCUGCUUUUGGCAUUCUUGUCGAGGAGAGAUGGACAUGGGUGGCAAGGAUAAAUUUGAGCUAGAAAACAGGAAUGAGAAUCCUAUGAACUAUGUACCUAGUAUGUCAGAUUGGCGAUUUGGCAGUGCCAAUCUCGCAAAUAGAUCUACCGGUUUGGCUCCCAUGGGAAAUCUGAUGGCUGUUAGCAAAGGAGACCUAAUUGGAUCUUCCCCUUGUUCAUCUACUUCAAUGGUGGACUCAUUUGGCCAAAUCCUUUGGGACCAUAACUCCAAUUCGGAAAACUUGGGAUUUUAUGACAUUGCCGUCCAGAACAACGCAAGCAUUUCAGAAAGGAUAGGAAAGGCAAAAGCUAGUCCGGCCUCUUUAAGAAGUAUUGAUACAUCAUUUGAUAUGGGUUGGAAUCCAACAAGUUCAAUGUUGAAAGGGGGUAUUUUCUUGCCGAAUGCAGCUGCCAUGCUCCCACAGAGCUUAUCUCAAUUCCCAGCAGAUUCUGCGUUCAUUGAGCGUGCUGCUAGGUUCUCAUGCUUCAACGGUGGUAAUUUUAGCGGUAUGAUGAGCCCUUAUGGGAUUCCUGAAUCAACGGGUCUUUAUUCUAGGGGCGGGGGGCUCAUGCAGGGGACGCAAGAGGCUUUUGUUGGCAAUGGGUUGAAAUCAGUUUCUGGUGGGCAGUCUCAAAAGAAUGAGCAGAGUGGGGGUGACGCUUCCAAAGAUGUUCCUUUGUCUAUUGAGCAUGGGGAUACUGAAGGGAGCCUAGUAAAGGAUGAGAGAAAAAGUGAGAGCCUUUUGAGAUCUCAUGAUGAAGCAAAACAAGGCAUUGGUCAGUCUGGUAAUGAUUCUGAUGAAGCUGAGUUUAGCGGUGCUGGUGAUCAAGAUGAGCCAUCGGUGUUGGAGGGUACAGGUGGGGAACCUUUUGCAAAGAGACUUGACUCAAAGAAAAGGAAAAGAAGUGGGCCGGAUACUAAACUUGAUCUAGCCAAUGGUGCUCCACAACAAUAUGGUGAAUCUGCAAAGGAUGACGCUGAAAUUCAACAAAAGGGAGACCAAAACCCAACUUCAACUACUAGCAAGAGCUCUGGUAAACAUGGUAAACAGGGUUCUCAACCUUCAGAUCCACCAAAAGAAGAAUAUAUUCAUGUCAGAGCUCGAAGGGGCCAGGCAACAAAUAGCCAUAGUCUUGCAGAAAGAGUAAGAAGAGAAAAGAUCAGUGAAAGGAUGAAGUUUCUUCAAGACCUUGUACCUGGUUGCAAUAAGGUCACUGGUAAAGCGGUGAUGCUGGACGAAAUCAUUAACUAUGUACAAUCACUGCAACGACAGGUUGAGUUUUUGUCAAUGAAACUUGCUACUGUGAAUCCACGGCUAGAUUUUAAUAUCGAAGGGCUCCUGGGAAAAAAUAUCCUUCAGACAAGAGCAGGGUCUGCACAAGGAUUUUCACCGGAUAUGUCUGUGGCUUGUCCUCUACUACUUCCAUCUCAACAAAGACUUAUUCAAGCUGGUCUUCCUGGCAUGGGAAGCUCAUCUGAUUUGCUUCGAAGAACCAAUGACACACAGCUGUCACCCAUGGCUGGAGCAUUCAAGGAUCCUACACAGCUACCUAAUGUCUGGGAGGAUGAGCUCCACAAUGUUGUCCAGAUGAGCUAUGGAACCAGUACUCCCCUCAAUAGCCAAGAUGCAGAUGGCUCUUUGCCACACAGCCAUAUGAAAGUUGAACCUUGAUUACUGUUUUUGGAUUUAAGCCAUAGUACCAUGACGGCCUCAAGGAAAUAACAAAGCUCACGAGGUUUCAUCUUCCAUUAUUAAAGAUUUAACAUCAACAUAUUUGCUUCAAGUUCUUUGUGUUUAAGUGAGAUGCUACUAGCCUGGUGUAGAAAGUUUGAAGGGCCCCUCUUUUCGGAUUCUCAGAGAUAUGAUCAACCACAGCUGUUACUCUUCUGAAGUGUUAAAUAGCAUACAAUAUCCACAAGUGAGAAUCCUAUAUUCACAAUAGUAGGUUUGGUUCCCGACUUUAAGGAUGUUUUUGGAUCAGGGAUGUAACAGGCUAAGAGGGAUGCUCAUAGUCAUAUAUAGGCUUUUCAUAUGGUUAUGAAAUUGGCUGGGUGCAUUUUGUUAGAAAGAUUGCGAGGGAAAAACAUAGUAAUGUUUUCUCCAGUUUAGUUAGAGGCUGUUUGUUUUAAUCAUGUACUAACAGAUGUAAUUUUGUUUUUCCCUUCUAAUUCCAUUCUUUCACCGA